GGUCACACUUUAUUUAAGUCUUAAUGAAUCGAAUGCUUAAUGCCUAAGACUUGCUUAAUUUUAAAACAAAUAAAUAGAAAACAUGAGCAAUAAGCAAAAAUGUAGAGCUGAGUGGGAGACUAUGCCGGAAAAUGAAAAAUGGCUGGGCAGAAGCGCAAAUAAUUCGGAUGCGCACUGCAAAGCGUGCCAGACUGACAUUUUGAGUAGGCUGGCGUCACUUAAGCAGCACGCGGCUACAAAAAACAUAAAGAUAAUAUGAAAUACUUCUGUGGAAAAUCAAAGAUACAAUCGUUUUUUAAAGAGUCGGACAACACUCCAGCUACCUCUAUCAAAAAGGCAGAAAUUAUGUUUGCUGUAGCGAUUGUUGAACACAACAUAUCAAUGAGAGCAAUGGACCAUAUUAGCGAUGUGAUCAAGCAUGCGUUUCCCGAUAGUGCCAUUGCGCAAGGGUUUCACUGCAAACGCACCAAAACAGCUUCGCUUACGUACAAUGUACUGGCACCUGUGAUGAAGGAACAACUGAUCUCUAGCGUGAAACGGUGCGUUUCUGCAGCGGGAAGGCCUGUGUUCUCCAUAAUCAUUGAUGAAUCGACUGAUGUUUCGUGUACAAAGGUCUUGGCGUGUGCUGUUAUGUAUUUCGACAAUGAAGCGUAAACAAAAUUCUUGUUCACCAUUGACUUAGAGGGUGAAAAAUCAGUCGACCUUUUUGCAGCACUCACCGAUGGACUCAAACUUAAUGGCUUUGACAUAAAUAAUAUAAUUGGAUUUGCUGCAGACACAACUAAUGUGAUGUAUGGUGAGCGCAAUAGCAUUAUGACGAAGAUACGAGACGUCAACAAAUCAUGUUUUUUUGUAAAAUGUGUUUGCCAUUCGUCUGCUCUUGCUUCAAGCUAUGCUGCCUCGAAACUUAGAGCAAAAGAGUUUCAAACUUUCUUAGAUUCUCCUGCACACAAUAUACUUAACCACUACGAGAUACGUUGGCUAUCGUUUCAUUCUUGUGUGGCACGCAUACUAGAACAGUGGGAUGCCCUCAUUGCAUUCUUUCAAGAAGAAUAUGAAGUUGAUAACAAUUUAUCAGCUGAGUAUAUUCUAUCUAAUGUAAAAAAUCCAACUGUUAAACUUUAUCUUUUAUUUUUGGAUUAUAUACUUGCUUUAGUGAAUAAAAUCAAUAUCAUAUUCCAGUC